AACCAACUUCUUAAAGCUGAAGAAGAGAGAAAUUUCACACCAAGGGAUUAGAAGAAUGAAUAAAAAGUUCACUGCAUCAUAAAUGGUACCACAUCAGAGCUCAUCACCAUGACAUAGUUAACGUAAGGACAAAGGCAUCACCUAAGCACUUAAAAAAAAAGGUGCGUAUAACACACAGUUAUCUGGUCCAAAAUAUCAGUAGCAUUGCAGAAGGAUGGUAGAAUGGACGGUGCAGUGGCUCGGGCAGGUGUUUCUUCAGGAUUUCACAGCUGAACACUGUAAUUGAGGAUAGAAGAGAGGCCUAAAAGUAAACCCAGAAAGGAGAAGGGAUUUACCUGGAUUUGCUUCUGAGCUGGUCCCAGGAGACGCCUUGCAGUGUCUAUGACUGGAUGCUGGGCAGCCCACUGGUCCAAAGGGCUACACAUGAAGUCACUGUGACGAGGGUGGCUCCCGCUUCAUAAAGACCUCAUCGCCGCGAGGUGGGGCUAAGAUGAGCAUAACCAGUGACGAGGUGAACUUUCUGGUGUAUCGGUAUCUCCAGGAAUCAGGUUUUUCCCACUCGGCCUUCACAUUCGGGAUCGAGAGCCACAUCAGUCAGUCCAACAUCAACGGGACUCUAGUGCCGCCAGCUGCCCUCAUCUCCAUCCUGCAGAAGGGACUGCAGUAUGUGGAGGCCGAGAUCAGCAUCAAUGAGGAUGGCACGGUAUUUGAUGGCCGCCCCAUUGAGUCCCUGUCCCUGAUUGAUGCUGUGAUGCCCGACGUGGUACAGACCCGACAGCAGGCGUUCCGGGAGAAGCUUGCUCAGCAGCAAGCCAGUGCAGCAGCCACAACUGCAGCCACAUCAGCGACAACAGGAGCUACGACAACCCAGGCAGCUGUUUCCCAGCAAAAUCCACCAAAGAACGGAGAAGCCACGGUGAAUGGGGAAGAGAACGGAGCACAUGCAAUAAAUAAUCACUCAAAACCAAUGGAAAUCGAUGGGGAUGUUGAAAUUCCACCCAACAAAGCCACAGUCCUGCGAGGCCAUGAGUCUGAGGUGUUCAUUUGUGCCUGGAAUCCUGUCAGUGAUCUACUAGCUUCUGGAUCUGGGGACUCCACUGCAAGGAUAUGGAACCUUAAUGAGAACAGCAGCGGGGGCUCCACGCAGCUUGUGCUGAGGCACUGUAUACGUGAAGGGGGACACGAUGUCCCAAGUAAUAAGGAUGUCACCUCGCUAGACUGGAACAGUGAUGGGACACUACUGGCUACUGGCUCCUAUGACGGAUUUGCAAGAAUAUGGACAGAAGAUGGUAACCUGGCCAGCACCUUAGGUCAACAUAAAGGCCCCAUCUUUGCCUUGAAGUGGAACAAAAAGGGCAAUUAUAUUUUGAGUGCCGGUGUAGACAAAACAACAAUAAUUUGGGACGCCCACACAGGAGAAGCCAAGCAACAGUUUCCUUUCCAUUCAGCCCCUGCUCUUGAUGUGGACUGGCAGAACAACACUACUUUUGCCUCCUGUAGCACAGACAUGUGCAUUCAUGUAUGCAGACUCGGCUGUGACCGCCCGGUCAAAACCUUCCAAGGACACACGAAUGAGGUCAAUGCCAUCAAGUGGGAUCCUUCUGGAAUGCUGCUGGCCUCCUGCUCUGACGACAUGACAUUAAAGAUCUGGAGCAUGAAGCAGGACACGUGUGUCCAUGACCUUCAAGCCCACAGCAAAGAGAUAUACACCAUCAAGUGGAGUCCCACGGGACCAGCCACCAGCAACCCAAACUCCAACAUCAUGUUAGCAAGUGCUUCGUUUGAUUCUACAGUUCGACUGUGGGAUGUGGAGCGAGGCGUCUGCAUCCACACACUGACCAAACAUCAAGAACCUGUGUACAGUGUAGCCUUUAGCCCUGAUGGGAAAUAUUUGGCCAGUGGCUCCUUUGACAAGUGUGUCCAUAUCUGGAACACUCAGAGCGGAAGUCUUGUCCACAGCUACCGAGGCACAGGCGGCAUCUUCGAGGUGUGCUGGAACGCUCGAGGAGACAAAGUGGGCGCCAGUGCAUCUGACGGCUCUGUGUGUGUUUUAGAUCUGCGGAAGUAAACAUAAGAUAUCACAGAAGAAGAAUUCCACGGGCCAGCAGUGAAUGUGGGUUGGAGUGCUGUUCCGACCACCAGCUCCCAAACUGUGCAAACUUGACUUGAGUUACAGUGUACUUAGAAUCAGCUCGUCCCUGCCCACAGGAGUCCGUAUUUUUCCAUAAUCUCCAUCCAGAAAUUUAAAAAACAAGCAAAUACAAAAGCAUACACAAUCACAUCAACAAGGGAAGUGGUUCUACCUAGGACUUUUCAGCUGGGAAGGAGGAAGCCAUCGGCUAGACAGUGUACCUUUUGGUUUCCAUCCGGAUCAGGCUCUGAUGUCUGAUGGUUGAAUGGGGAAGAAAAGGAGAAAAAAAAAAACUGUGCCAAAAAAGAAAAGCAAAAUGCUGUGAUAAACCAAAAGGGGGAAAACCCUCCCCCUUCUGGUGCUUUCCCCCCAUCAAUUUGGACACUACAGUUGCUUUCCCAAAGGAUGUUCAAAAAACAGUUUGUACCAAUAAGAUGCGCGACUUUGUAAUCCCAACACUUUCUAUUUUCUAGAACCUUUGUUCUGUGGUUUUUCUAUCUGCUGGAAUUCUGUGGUCUGGGGGCCUUCCAUCUGAGAUGGAAACUAGUUUUGGUUUGUUGCUUCUUUACUCUUGUUAUUGUUCCUUGCCCCACUAUCGUUUUCUGGUCUAGUGUGGUCUUGCUUCUUGUGACACCCUCUGUAGAUGUGGCCACAUGGACACAAUGACAAGCUCUUUGAUGGACAGCUUUCUCCCUCCCUCUCCACUCCACCCCUAUCCUUCGCUCACUCUCUCUGCCCCUUUCUCAUAGUUGCUUCACAUCUUGGGUCCCAAGGGCACUUUCAGAGCAUAGUAAGUGCUUUAUGUAAGAAGGCAGGGAGGGGGAGUUUUUACAAAAGAAAAAAAAUGACUUAUAAGAGAAAGAGCCUGGAGUAUUUUUGGAAAAAAUAUUUUUAUGUUAAAACAAUUUUAAAAUCCUAAAAUGGCCAUCAGACAUGGAGAGCUCUGUGUGAUUCCUAGUAAAAAUUUUAAGAAGACACAGGCAGAGUGUGAGGUAUAUAUUACCCCUUUCCCUUCGGCUUCACGAAAGGCGGUUAGGAAAAGCCUGGAUUGGGAAAGGCCCUACUGACUCGCAGUGGGGUUUUUCUGCCACCAGCAGGAAGAGCCUGGCUCAUUUGGUUCAAAGCAGAAUUGCAUUUGUUCAGUGUGUAUGUUAGCAGCCAGCAGGAACAGAGCGGAGAAGCCAUCCAAACCGACAGCGAGGUUCACCUGCACCUGUCCACUCCAUUGGCCUCAGCAGUGUGACUACGGACAGUCACUUCUCUAAAAUCAUGCUUAGCAAAUCGUUGCAAAAGCUGACCUGAAGGCUCCAGAGUGUCACUCAGUCUUAGUGGUGAUAAGCAAUGAAUAUCAAAGGAAGACUUGCAGCCCUGAAGAUAAAUUAUUACAGAAGUAGAAUGUCACUUAUCUUUUCUGCCAUCUUUACAGUUCCUUUCUCUUGCAAGACACUAGGAGAAAGGUUAUUUAGGGUUUUUUUUUAUCUUUUUACUAUUUUUUUAAAAAUUAGGCUUUGUGUUUCUAGCAGUCUGCUUUCAUUGGAUUAGGUGACUUUGGUUGGCUUGUUGUUAUAACUCAAUGCAGACUUUUUUUAAAUAGUAGCAGAGAGGGAAUAGACCUGAAGAUAACAAGGUAGGGCCUCUUCCCUCAUUGGUUUACCUGUGGGCACUGGAAGGCAAGGAGAAGUUGGCCAGGAUGGUGGGCAUGGGACAGGAUCAGUCUGAUGUGUUCUCCUACAGCUGAGGUGGGUGUUACUUAGAGGCUGGCACCCAUCUGUGGAGCUGAAAUUCAAACAUCUGGGAAGGGUAGGGGCAUCCGGCACAACUGAGAAUGUUCUGGGACCAGCCACAAAAGCCAGGGUGCGUGGAUCCUUCUCAGAUGGUAACUGGCCUCCACUUGGGUAUGUGAGUUACUCAAGCCCCAAAAGACCAACAAGUGCUGUGUUUUUGAGUUGAGGGUUGUGUUUGGGCACUGGUACCUAAACACUUAGCAAAGAAAACCAAAGUUCUGUGGAGUCCUCAGUCCCAUCUUGGAACAUAGCAGGUGACAUUGGAUACGUUGAUAAUCAAAUUUCCUCAUCCCAAGAAUGCAUUUGAGUUUAGAAUGUGGGGUUUUGAGGGUCCAAAUACCAUCAUUACUACUCCCCAAAUAAAAAUACGUUCCUCUGUACCAAACAUGAGUUGUCAAAAGUCAGCCCUUUAUUGGGGUGCAGCUUCCAUUUGACCAUGCCCAAAACUGCUACGGGAUGGUGGUGGGUGAAGGCAAAGCAAGGGAUUCAGUAGACAAUCUGCACUUGAAUGUCGGGAGCCAGGGUCUCACUCAAGUGGUGGCUAUAGCCCUUUGAUGUAACUGAACCACAUCAGAGUAGUUAGGUUGGAGCCAAGGCUGUGAGGCCAGGGACGGGUGGGCUCAAUCCAUGCACAAGAGGGAGCCUGACGAAGACGAGGGAGACCGCCUGCAUCCCUGGCUUCCCCAACUAGCCUCGGAGAGGUGCUUAGUGAAGGCCACCAGAGGACCAGGCAGGAGAAUGCAGCCGUGCCCCUGGACGGCAUCCCCCAAAACAACACGAUCCAGGCUGUACAUGGAGCCUUCAGCAUUUGCAUACCAUCUUUUACCCUGCCGCUGCAGAGCCAGCCCGUAGGUCAUCUUUGUGUACAAGGAAUGGCCCGUGUGUAAUGUUACUGUGUCACGUGGCUUACAGCUCUUACAGUAUCUCGAGGGAUGCUUAAAAGUCUUAGUGACCAAAUUUAACCUUAAAAGCAGCAUAACAUAACAAUCCUGGAAUCUUUGGUUGGGUUUGAAGUGACCACAAGCCACAUCCAACACAUACCCAGGAGCUGCCCUGCAAGGGGACCCAAGGGGCCGGAUGGACAUUACAGGGUCCAGCUCUGACCCUGCCUAACAUCGUAGGACUUGACUUUUUGUUGUCUUUCUAAAAAUAGAUCAUGGAGCCAAGUGAAGUGCACUUUGUCAGAUGUAAGGAUCUGCUUUUGUUCCUUGGUUUUUUUUUCCUGUUUUUUAACCUUUUGUUCCACCUUUUUUUUUUUAUUAUUGUGUUUCUUGUCAAAUGCAAAAUUGUCUCUUUCGCUACUCACUGAAGUUUUGGAUUCUGGCUUCUGCAGUUUUUAUUGUCUGUGUCAGACGUACAGCCAGAUGUGGUUCUCUAUCAGCGUUUUCCAGAUUCUGUUAAACAACGUCAGCCCCCAUUUUGUUCUGUACCCCCACCCCCACUCACCCCUCACACUCUUGGAAAACAAAUCACCUUGUG